UUGACAUCAUGGCGACUCCCAUAGCGCGCAGCAUGUGAAAAGGUUUUCUGUAUCAGUAUUAUAUAUUUUAUUAAAUAUAAAUAUUUGGAGAUGGCCAAAAUGUUGUGUCCUACGCUCCUGAAAGUUUUUCUGACACGAAAUGCCAGUGUUAGCUAUGUAAAGUGCGCCGCAGUCUCCUCAAAGUCAGCAGCUGCUGCCUGUCCUACUAAACGAGUGCAUGAAGGACCCUUGAGAUAUUUCUCUGAAUCAGUGCCUUUAAAACCCGACAGCAAAACUACCACAACGGAUACCUCUGAUCGUGUCCUGGAGGGAGAUGUCAGGGACGAUUUUGGUAACAUUUCUCGUAAAUACUCUUCCAGACGAACCUUCAGCAAAAUGAGCCCAGAACAGCAGGAUUUAAAGUACAGAGUUGAGGAUGAGGAGGAAGCUGUAGUGGAAAAAUUCAAGUCUAAAACAGGUCGGAGGAAUACAGCGUAUUGGUAUUUCCUACAGUGCAAAAAGCUCAUUAAAGUGGAUAAACUGGCUGAGGCGUUAGCUCUGUUUGAGGGUGAUAUGCUAAAAGGAGAGCGCUUACAACCGGAAGAAUACAAUUACACCGUGCUUAUCGGUGGAUGUGGACGUGUCGGCUACCUAAAGAAAGCCUUCCAACUUUACAAUAAUAUGAAAAAACGAGGUAUCGAGCCGUCAGACGCUACAUAUACAGCGCUGUUCAAUGCUUGUGCAGAGUCACCAUGGAAACAAACCGGGCUGGAAGAAGCAAUGAAACUCAAGCAGGAGCUUCUCAAAAGAAACGUCCCGCUUAGUGCCAUUACCCAGCAUGCUUUGCUCAAAACAAUCGCCUUCAAUGGAGAUCUAAAGUCUUGCUUUCAGAUUAUGCGGGAGAUGCUUCAAGGUGGACAACCCAUAACACAAGAAACGUUUCAGUAUCUGCUGAUAUGCUGUGUGAUGGACAAGCAGCAGGGUUUCAGAUUGGCUUUACAGGUGUGGCAACAGAUGCUUAGGAUUGGAAUAAAACCAGAUGCGCACAAUUACAACAUUCUACUUCGAGCCGCGCGGGAUUGUGGGAUAGGAAAUCCUGAAUUGGCUUCUGAUUUACUCCUAAGGGGUACAGGAGAGGUGAACCCAGCACUCACAAGUGGAAGGAAAACCCGUAGGACAAAAGCAAAGGAAGAGACAUCACGUCCAGAGGUCUUAAAUAUUGAUGCAUUUGAGAAUGAGCUUUUUGUAGACACCCAUGCUCGUGAUGCUCGCAUCAGACAGGCCAAAAAGACUGAUCUGAACCCUCCUAAUGAACACGAUCAGUGUAGGGUACACUCAUCUCAAGAAGAAAUUCAGAAGUUGCCUACAUCACAAAGUGAUUCUCUGACAUGCCAAUCACAAUUAUCACCACAAAGUCCCCGCCUCCCAAACCUUCUGGACCCUAGCACUUGCCACUCAAAUGUAGUCGCCUUAGGGCCUGUGAAUAAUGCUUCCGAUAGGUUUGCGCUUAUUGGAAACCUUGAUGGUUUUUUGGAGAAGAUGGCCAAUGAUGGACUGGUGCCCAACAUCAAAACCAUCACCCUGUUGGCUGAUGUCAUGGAAGCUGGCAGCCAAUCGGUGCAGAGUCUCAUAAAUGUGGCAAAACAGAAUGGCGUCAGGUUGGACGUGACAUUUUUUAACAUGUUGAUAAGAAGGGUGGCCAAAAGUAAAGACUUGGAUGGAGCUAAGGCUGUUAAAGCCCUUAUGGUGAAUAGAGGGCUGAAGGUUACUGCGCAGACAUUUUGUAGCAUUGCACUGGCUUGCCAGACUGAAAAAGAUGGACUGCAGCUGUUGUCUAAUAUGGAGACGCGUGGCCUUGCACCGAACGCUUAUGUAUUCAGUGCUCUGAUCGGCCAAGCAGUGAAGCGUUUGGACUACGCUUAUCUGCACAAGCUGUUGCUUUGUAUGCACAAACUGCAGGUACCACCCAAUGAUGUCAUCAUCAGACAGCUGGAAUUUGCAGCUCAGUAUCCUUCCUCAUACAACAAGCUGAAGUCACGCAACGUGUACAUGGAAAGGAUUGAUGGUUUCCGGGGGUUUUACAAAGAAUGGCUUGAGUUUAUGCCUGGCCAGCAAACACCACAUCCCUGGGACAAAUAUCAAUCCCAGAAAGCACACACGGAGCAAGAGAAAGUCACCUAAUCAACUUUCUGAAUAAAUGCAAAUGUGACAUUGAUUGUACCAGCAAAUGGUUGUUUAUAAGUGUUCAUAUGUUAUGUCAUCUGAGGUGUCUUACGUAAUCUUUCUCUAAAUGUUCCCUUCAUGUAUUUACUUUGAUGUCGAUUGGAAAUGUAUCUAAAGAAAUAAACCAAGUCAGCAACUUGUGACGUAACAUCAAAGCUC